AUGAGCUCAGCAGAAAAACUGGGAGGAAUGGGAAUCAUACCAAAAAGGAAAAGGCAGAAAGUGACAGAAGCCUGCAGUUCACAAUAUAAGCAUGAAGUCAGAUUUCAAGAUCUGAUCCUAUUUAUUGUAGAAAGGAAAAUGGGAUCAAGCAGAAGAACAUUUCUGAUGGAUUUAGCACGUAAGAAAGGAUUCAGAGUCGAUGAUGUCCUGAGUGAUUCUGUCACACAUAUUGUGACAGAGAAUAAUUCCUGGAAUGAAAUUUGGGACUGGAUUCAAAACCAGAAGCUGUCAAAUGCAGACAAGCUUAAGGUGCUGAAUAUUUCCUGGUUCACAGACAGCAUGGCUGCUGGAAAGCCUGUGGAUAUAGAGGAUCGACAUAGACUGCAGGAGCAGAAAGUUCUUCAAUCAAAUGUGCCACCAGUGGUAACUAUUUCUCAGUAUGCAUGUCAGAGAAGAUCAACUCUCGAUAAUAGAAACAAGAUAUUCACGGAUGCAUUAGAACUUUUGGCAGAAAACUUUGAGUUCAAUGAAAAUGAUGGUGCCUUUGUGGCAUUUUCAAGAGCAACAGCCUUGUUAAAAUCCCUUCCUUACAAAAUAAGUAGAAUGGAAAACCUGGAGGGACUACCCUGUUUCGAAGACCAGACAAGAACCAUAAUUGAGGAAAUUCUGGAAGAUGGGGUUUGCUCUAAGGUUGAGAGUUUGUUAUGUGAUGAGAGGUACAAAGCAAGAAAGGUGUUCACCAGUGUCUUUGGUGUGGGAUUGAAGACUGCGGAUAAGUGGUAUGGGCAAGGGUUUCGGACGUUAGAGGAAGUAAAAGCAGCCAAGGAUUUGAAAUUUACCAAAAUGCAGAAGGCAGGCUUUUUGUAUUAUGAAGACAUCAACAGUGCUGUAACGAGACCAGAGGCAGAAGCUGUAGGUCAAAUCAUAGAAAAUAUUGUCCAUUAUUACACACCUGACGCCAUUGUGACUUUAACUGGGGGGUUUAGAAGAGGUAAAGAGAUUGGCCAUGAUGUGGACUUUCUGAUAAGCUGCCUCAAGGAAGGAAAGAAUGAAGGCCUUCUUCAUAAAACAGUCAAUAAGCUGAACAUUCAGGGUUUGCUUCUGUACUGCGAUUUUGUGGAGGCCACAUUGGAAAAAAGAAAACUACCGAGCAAAAAAUAUGACGUCAUGGAUCAUUUUGAAAAAUGUUUUCUAAUCCUAAAAUUAAACAAAGCACUUGUGAACAACAGAGUCCUCAGUGUGUCCUCUGCGUCUGCAGUGAGACCAACCAAUGAAGGGGCAGAACCUGAAGUAAAGACUAAGAUUAAAGAUUGGAAGGCUAUCCGUGUGGAUCUGGUUAAUGUGCCUGCUCAGCAGUUUGCCUAUGCACUCUUAGGAUGGACUGGAUCAAGACUGUUUGAACGUGACUUAAGGAGAUAUACCAACCAUGAGAAAAACAUGUUGCUGGACAACCAUGGUCUAUACGACAAAAACAAGAGGGCAUUUCUUAAAGCUAAGACUGAGGAAGAAAUCUUUGCUCACCUGGACUUGGAGUACAUUGAGCCGUGGGAAAGGAAUGCAUAAGAUAAAGAAGUAUUAAUUGCAUCUUCAAGAGA